AACAUCAGAACCUACAACAAUGCCAAAUGCCAUUGGUCCAAUCCUCCCUUGCAAAAAAACUAGCAUUAGGCCGUCAGAUUGUAGAACUUCUCAGUACUCCUGAAGCAUGUGAAGAUGUAGGACCAACAAUCAUGGAUAAGUUAUCUCAACCGGUGGUGCAAAAUACAGAUCAUCAUGGUCAACAAAAGAUGUUGAAAUCCAAGCCAACAACAAUGGCAGAAAGUCCACAGCUCAAGUCAGCAUCAGUGGAAGAUCUUCCUCAAACAGCAAAAGAGUUGCAACAGAAGAAGCUGUGCCAUAUGAACUUGCGUUCAUGCAGCCAAGCUGCAUCACAACCUGAGCUUGUUGUAUCGAUGGCAAAAUCAUUGCCCUCAGAACACCAGUGUGAGCAGCCACAAGAAAUGAAGCAUCAAGGCCUACGGAGGCCUAAGUUGAAUUCACAAAAUCAGCAUAAUGGUGAACUUCAGCCCCCAAAGCAUCUUGAGCAGCCACAGAAACCAAGAGGCAGGGCUCCUAAACGAAAACUGGAUGUGGCUGCAAAUGAAGAUGUAUCAUUGCCUCCUAAGUAUCAGAAGCUGCAGGAUGAACCAGAAAAUCAAAGACAAGAGAGGCCUCCUAAGUUGAAAAGAAAUAUGGUUUUGGGUCUUUUUGCCGCAUCAAAAUAUGAACCUGCUCUGUCGAUGACAGACUCACUGUUCCUAAAGGUGAAUCCAGAUAUUGAGCAUCAUGAGCUGCAGCCCCAGAAGCAUCCUGAGCAACCACAAAAUCGAAGGGGCAGGCCUCGAAAGUUGAAUCCAGAUAAUGAGCUUGUGAAGGACUGCCACACCCAAAGCAACCUGAGCAGCCACAAAAUCCAAAAAGACAACGAGGGAGGCCCUGUAAGUUGAUCUCAGCGAACGAGCUCUAUAGUUUGUUGGUUUCCUGGGUUUGGCUUGAUUGGAUUUGCUUCCUAUGGGAGUAGUAAGAUCCUAGUGAUGAUGGAAGUGUCAAAUGUUUAUGAUCUUUUUGCAAAGCAUCAUUAACUAAAUAUUCCAGACU